GACUUUUCCCGUUCAGACCGUCAAGUUAAUGCCUCACUCAAGUCGGAAUAACACCAUAAAAUUGGAUUCGUGCAUUAAGACCUGCUUCAUAUACCUAGCCUUAUUGUCCCUCCACUACAAGGGAACCAAUGAGAAUUAAUAUUGGCUGAAAGUUGUUAGAUUUGCUGCUGCAAGUGAAGUUCUGAAGCGUGCAAAAUAUCUGCAUUUUUGAACAUAUCUCAAGACAAAAAUACAGUGAAGAGAUUUCUUGUAAAUAAAAAAAAAAUCCUAUCUGAAAGCACUCCUCGAUACUUUUUUACAUGAUGUUUGUGUUUUAUGGACUUUCACCUAUUGUUGAUGCGUCUGGAAGCAUCCCCACGAUAAAUUUGGAGGUCUUAUUAUUGAUAUUAAAAUAAAGGCACAGGUUUCGCCUGAAAUUUCACAUAAUUUGACUCAGAAUUGGCUACUAUGAGACUACAAAAUUACGUUUUUUUUUUCGUAUUUUUAACAGAUUUUGUGGUUAAAAUCAUGUUUUUUGUUCCAUUUUGUACCAUGGAUAUUCAAUACCAAAUCUAUUUAGUGUUCUUGUGCGUUCACUGCUCACUACAGAUACAGUAGCAGGAAAGAAAGAAUGCAAAGGGAUAAGGACGACGAAAAUAAAGAAACAAAGAAAACAUCCAUCCAUCCAUCCAUCAUCCAUCCAUCCAUCCAUCUGUUCCCUUUACUACUUAUCCUCCAAAUUCUAACGGGACACAAUGUGUAUGUGAAUCAUGGUCUCCACAGGUGACAUUCAGAAAUGAGUGCAUGUGUGUGUCCCAGCUGCGCUUUGAUUCCAUUCAUUCUCAUACAGGCACACGCACAACAUACAGAGGCACGUGUGCAGAGUGGAGUAUCUAGGACCAUUUCGGAGGAUGGAGCGAAACAGAAGGUGGUUGCCACGGUAACCGCUCCCCUCACACCCGCCCUCCAUUCUCUUUCUAACUCUCUCUCCCCCUCCUUCACUCCCUCGUUCCAUCCACCUCAAUGUUGGCAAUGCUCGAGCCGCUCUUCCCUCCAACUCGGUUUGUCCUCACCUCUCGGCUCACGCCGCCACCCGAGGAGGAGAAUGAGCGAGAGAGGUGAAGAAGACUCCACUCCAUCACUGUGAAGUCAAUAAGAGAGGGAACAGCAGCCACAAGGAAGGGCAAAGAGGAUACUGACAGAAAACCCCAAAAGAGAGAGCCUACGCUUCUCCAUUCUCCUUUUCAUAGGAGGGCAUUUUUCUUCCCUUUCCCCCCCUUUCCUUUUCUACCCCGAUAUUUCUCCCUGGGAUCCCGGGUUUGUCCACCGCGGCCACCGUCGUCUAACUUCUCCGGGGUCUCAGGUGAGGCGCGCGUGUCGCAAGCGCCGUCGGCCGUCAUGGCUCACGCGGCCUCCCAGCUGAAGAAGAAUCGGGGGGAAGUGGAUGUGAAUGCGUUGGAGGACGAGAAGGAGAAGCGGAGGAAGAGCAGGAGAGCCACUUCCCGGGAGCAGAAGAGAAAGUCUGACAGUAAUGCCAGUUACUUGAGAGCUGCCCGGGCUGGAAACCUUGAAAAGGUCCUUGACUACCUCAAGUCUGGGGUCGAGAUUAACAUUUGCAAUCAGAAUGGCCUGAACGCUCUCCAUCUAGCCUCCAAAGAGGGGCAUGUGGAGGUUGUAGCUGAGUUGCUAAAACUCGGCGCUGCUGUGGAUGCAGCCACCAAGAAAGGAAACACUGCCCUGCACAUAGCUUCGUUGGCUGGCCAAACGGAAGUCGUCAAAGAGCUGGUCACUAAUGGAGCCAAUGUCAAUGCACAAUCUCAGAAUGGCUUCACUCCUCUGUACAUGGCAGCUCAAGAGAAUCACCUGGAGGUGGUACGCUUUCUUCUGGAGAACAGCGCUAGCCAGAGUAUGGCCACUGAGGAUGGCUUCACCCCACUGGCGGUGGCCCUCCAGCAGGGCCAUGACCAGGUGGUCUCCCUGCUUCUGGAGAACGACACCAAGGGCAAAGUGCGUCUACCCGCCUUGCACAUCGCCGCGCGUAAGGACGACACCAAGGCCGCGGCACUGCUCCUCCAGAAUGACCACAACGCAGACGUGGAGUCCAAGAUGAUGAAUAGAACAACAGAGAGCGGCUUCACCCCACUUCACAUCGCAGCCCAUUACGGCAACAUUAAUGUGGCCACACUGCUUCUAAAUCGAGGGGCCGCAGUGGACUUCAUGGCCAGGAAUGACAUCACGCCGCUCCAUGUGGCGUCUAAAAGGGGGAACAGUAACAUGGUCAAGCUGCUUCUGGACCGGGGAUCCAAAAUAGAUGCCAAGACCAAGGAUGGUUUAACUCCUCUACACUGCGGAGCUAGGAGUGGCCACGCACAGGUGGUAGAAAUCUUGCUUGACCGAGGCGCUCCCAUCCUCUCCAAGACCAAGAACGGCCUGUCGCCGCUUCACAUGGCCACUCAGGGGGAUCACCUGAACUGCGUUCAGCUCUUGCUACAACACGACGUGCCAGUGGACGACGUCACCAACGACUACCUGACGGCACUGCACGUGGCUGCCCACUGCGGACACUACAAGGUGGCUAAGCUCAUCGUGGAUAAGAAGGCCAACCCCAAUGCCAAGGCCCUGAAUGGUUUCACUCCACUUCACAUCGCCUGCAAAAAGAACAGAAUUAAAGUGAUGGAGCUGCUGCUAAAGCAUGGAGCAUCCAUACAGGCUGUAACCGAGUCUGGCCUGACGCCAAUUCACGUGGCAGCCUUCAUGGGCCAUGAGAACAUCGUUCACGCACUCACACACCACGGCGCUUCACCCAACACUACCAAUGUGAGGGGUGAGACAGCCUUGCACAUGGCAGCCAGGGCGGGUCAGGCCGAUGUGGUUCGGUACCUGCUCAAGAACGGAGCCAAAGUGGAGACCAAAUCAAAGGAUGACCAGACGGCAUUACACAUCUCCAGUCGGCUGGGGAAGGUGGACAUCGUGCAACAGCUGCUGCAGUGCGGCGCCUCGGCCAACGCGGCCACCACCUCAGGCUACACCCCGCUACACCUGGCGGCCCGCGAAGGUCACCAAGAUGUCGCGACCAUGCUGCUUGAGAACGGCGCCUCGCUGUCCUCCUCAACAAAGAAAGGCUUCAGUCCGCUCCACGUGGCCGCUAAGUAUGGCAAGAUGGAGGUAGCAAGUCUGCUCUUGCAGAAGAGAGCUGCACCUGACGCUGCUGGCAAGAGUGGGCUAACUCCACUGCAUGUAGCCGCUCACUACGAUAAUCAGAGAGUUGCCCUGCUGCUGCUGGAUCAGGGAGCUUCCCCACACGCCGCCGCUAAGAAUGGCUACACACCACUGCACAUCGCCGCCAAGAAGAACCAAAUGGAAAUUGGCACCACGCUACUUGAGUACGGCGCCGAUACCAAUGCAAUGACGCGUCAGGGCAUCAGCCCAAUCCACCUGGCGGCGCAGGAGGGUAGCGUGGACCUUGUGUCGCUGUUGCUGGCCAAGAGUGCAGCUGUUAACAUUGGCAACAAGAGCGGACUUACGCCACUCCACUUAGCAGCUCAGGAAGACAAAGUCGGUGUUGCAGAAGUCCUUCUCAACCACGGCGCUGAUGUCAACACACAGACAAAGAUGGACUACACUCCGCUGCAUGUAGCUUGUCACUAUGGCAACGUGAAGAUGGCAAACUUCCUCCUGCAGAAUCACGCCAAAGUCAACGGCAAAACCAAGAAUGGUUACACACCUCUGCACCAAGCGGCUCAGCAGGGCCACACGCACAUCAUCAACCUCCUCCUCCAGCACGCCGCCUCGGCCAACGAGCUCACAGCGAAUGGCAACACAGCGCUAGCCAUUGCCCGUCGCCUUGGUUACAUCUCUGUGGUGGACACCCUGAGGCCUGUAACGGACGAGAACCUCAAUACUGGAAAUACAGCUGAAAAACACAAAAUCAACAUCCCGGAGACCAUGAAUGAAUUCUUGGACAUGUCAGAUGAUGAAGUUUUGGCCAAUGUGCCUGAAACUCUCGAAGAGGAGUCUAUGUCAGAUGACGACGAAGGUGAGGAUGCAAUGACCUGCGACACGGACAAGUACUUGCGGCCCCAGGAUCUCAAAGAGCUCGGGGAUGACUCUCUCCCUCAGGAGGGUUACAUGGGCUUCAGCAUCGGAGCCCGUUCAGCCAGCCUCCGCUCCUUCAGUUCGGAUAGGUCUAACACCCUCAACCGAAGCUCCUUCGCUCGGGACAGCAUGAUGAUCGAGGAGAUUCUGGCUCCCACAAAGGACACGCUUCAGAGUGUGUGUAAAGACAUUUCCUACCUGGUUGAUCCACUGAAUAAGCACUUGGCCGUGACAAGGGAAUAUAACUCUGAGUGUUUGCGGCGCUACAGCUGGACCCCGGACACCGUGGACCACGGCCACAACAUCGCGUCCAGCCCCAUUCACUCUGGCUUCUCCUCCCCGCUCCCUCAGUAUGACUCCAGGUUUCUGGUCAGCUUCAUGGUGGAUGCCCGCGGCGGGUCCAUGAGGGGAAGCCGCCAUAACGGAAUGCGAAUCAUCAUCCCGCCCAGGAAGUGCACGGCGCCUACGCGCAUCACCUGUCGCCUAGCCAAGAGGCAUAAGCUCGCUUACCCCCCACCCAUGGUGGAAGGGGAAGGCCUGGUCAGCAGACUCGUGGAGGUCGGCCCAGCUGGGGCACAGUUUCUUGGUCCUGUGAUUGUCGAGAUUCCUCACUUCGGCUCCAUGCGGGGUAGAGAAAGAGAACUGAUCGUGUUGCGGAGUGACAAUGGCGACACGUGGCGAGAGCACCAAUUCGAUUCCACUCCAGAGGAACUCACGGAGCUGGUGACUGGGAUGGAUGAAGAGUUGGACAGCCCUGCCGAGUUGGAAAAGAAACGCAUUUGCCGUAUCGUGAGCAGAGACUUCCCUCAGUAUUUCGCUGUGGUGUCUAGGAUCAAGCAGGAGUCCAACCACAUGGGUCCUGAUGGCGGUGUCCUAUCCAGCAGCAGUGUUCCUAUGGUCCAGGCUUCCUUCCCACAGGGGGCGCUGACCAAAAAGAUUCGCGUCGGCCUGCAGGCUCAGCCUGUUCCUGAUGAUAUGGUGAGGGCUGUCCUUGGUAACAGAGCUACUUUCAGCCCCAUCGUCACCGUGGAGCCCAGGAGGAGGAAAUUCCACAAGCCAAUCACAAUGACCAUCCCUGUCCCGCCCCGCCAGGCGGAAGGCCACCCAACCGGCCACAGGGGUGACGCUGCACCUUGCCUGCGUUUGCUCUGCAGCAUUACAGGAGGAACGUCUCCUGCCCAGUGGGAAGACAUCACGGGGACCACACCGCUUUCCUUUGUAACCGAUUGCGUCUCCUUUACCACAAAUGUGUCGGCCAGGUUCUGGCUCGCAGACUGUCACCAGAUUCCUGAGACGGUUGGUCUAGCGUCUCAGUUAUACCGGGAGCUGAUCUGCGUGCCGUACCUGGCCAAGUUUGUGGUGUUCGCCAAAAUGAAUGACCCAGUAGAGGCGCGACUUCGCUGCUUUUGCAUGACAGAUGACAAAGUGGACAAAACCCUUGAGCAACAGGAGAACUUCGAAGAGGCGGCCCGAAGUAAAGACAUUGAGGUUCUAGAAGGCAAACCCAUCCAUGUGGACUGUUAUGGCAACUUGUCACCGCUAACCAAGAGUGGACAGCAGCUUGUUUUCAAUUUCUUCUCCUUCAAGGAAAACAGACUUCCGUUCAAUGUGAAGAUUAGAGAUAUGGGCCAAGAGCCCUGUGGCCGCCUUUCAUUUCUUAAGGAGCCAAAAACUUCUAAGGGUCUGCCACAGUCUGCCAUUUGCAAUCUGAACAUCACACUACCGACUCACAAAAAGGAUAUGGAGUCUGAUCCUGACGAUGAGAAUGAAAGGCCAGAUCGACGCCAUACCUUUGCCUCCUUAGCUUUGCGUAAGCGCUACAGCUAUUUGACUGACCCUGCGGCGAAAACAUCUGAUCGAAGUCCACAAAGAACACAGCCUUCUGGCUACCCUCACAAACCUGUCUUUUCAACGAGAUCUUAUCAGGCGUGGCCGCCUGUUCCUGUCGCCGUCCCUGGCCAAGCCAAGUCUGGGUUUGGGUCCCUCUCCAGCUCAUCGUCCAACACACCUUCUGCCUCUCCACUGAAGUCUGUCUGGUCCAUCAACUCAGCCUCCCCCAUUAAAACAAACAUUCCUGGAUCCCCUGCCUCUUCUGUAAAGUCAGUUAGUGACAUGGCCUCUCCCAUCCGAAGUUACAGAACCAUCUCCUCUCCCAUCAAAACUGUAGUCCAGCAUUCUCAAUACCCAGGCCAGGUAGCCCCUAGUCCCCUGGUCUCACCUGCAAAAAGUGCGUCAGACAGUGUGUCUAUCAAAGGACUUGCAGCAUUGUCAGCUAGGACAUCCCCUGUAACUACUUCAACAGGGGGCAGUCCUCUUCGUGAAAGGACGUCAGUAGCCAUGACACCUCCCACAUCUCCCAAAUCCUCACUUAAUAUGUUCAGUUCCCCUCUCUCAUAUAAGACUGUAGUGGGAGGUUCCACUGGUACGGCAUCAUCUUCCUCCCCCAUCAAAACCGUUCCCGGCCUCUCCUCCGUCCGUUCCUUUUCCACAGAUGUGACAGGCCCCGCAAGGAACCUCUUCUCCUCAUUGUCUUCACCACUCAAAUCCAACAAUCCUCAAAGUGCUGCUGCUCUGAUCAAUGGAACAGUGUCACCGGCACAGUACCGCUCCUCUUCCCCAAACUCACUUGUCCCCAGUAGUCUGCAAGAAAGAAUACAAGCAACCACCAAUGCUGCAACAACAAGUGUCAAUGCAGCAUUUGAUGAGGUUGAAAAAACAUUCAAUUCUUGCUCUGCUGGCUAUGGCACCUUAAAGUCAUUGUCCUCGUCUGCAUCCUCCUCAUAUCAGUCCAUUAGGUCAUCAGCAUCCAGUUCCUUUUACAACUCCCUAAGGUCCCCUCCAAAUGCCACUACUGCUGGAACAUCCAGCACAGUGACAGUCCCUGUGUAUUCUGUUAUCAAUGUACUGCCAGAGCCCCAGUUUAAAAAGUUACCUGAAGUAUCCAAGUCAACCGCUGCUAUUCUGUCCCCACGGAAGACUGUGCCCCUGGAGAUGAAUCCUCAAUUGCAGUCAUCAUUUGCCAAAACUCUUUCCCCUACUAAACCUCCACUUUUCUCGUCUAGUUUGAAGUCCACCAUUGCAUCCCCAUUAUCAUCCAGCCAAGAAAUCCUCAAAGAUGUUGCUGAUAUGAAAGAGGACUUAAUACGAAUGUCAGCCAUUUUGCAGACUGAUCCAAAUACUGCAAGUAAAGGUAUUCACUCUGCUUCUGCAGUAAAGGUAGAAGACGAAGAGCCAUACAGGAUAGUGGAGAAAGUAAAACAAGAUUUGGUAAAAGUGAGUGAAAUCCUUUCUAAGGACACUGCCAGAGAAUCAAUGGCAAGGGGGUCCUUGGAUGACAUACGUUUUUCAAAAGUUCCUGUUGAACAACCACCAAGCAACUGGAGCUUUCCCCCGAGAUAUGAGACGGUGGUUCCUCAGGCAAAAGCAAAAACAAUUCAGGAUAGAGAUUUCAAUCUUUCUAAAGUUGCCGACUACCUAGCUAAUGAUGGUAGCAGUUCUUUUUCCAAAAUGAAUGACAAAAAGCAUACAAUCGAUGAGGGCAAGAGAGAAGUGGAUGGCAGGGAAAAGCAAAAACGUGUUCUGAAACCCACCAUUGCAGUUCAAGAGCAAAAGCUUAAAAUGCCCCCAACAAGCAUGCGAUCAUCACCCUCAGAUAGAGAGAUAGGUAAAGUAGCUGAGGCUCUUUUUGGAGCAGACACUGUGCUGGAAUCCCCUGAUGAUAUAUCUCACGAACAGGAUAAGAGCCCACUCUCGGACAGUGGUUUUGAGACCAGAAGUGAAAGGACACCCUCUGCCCCUCAAAGUGCUGAAGGCAUGGGCCCAAAGGCCCCUUUCCAGGACAUCCCUGUUCCCCCAGUGAUCACUGAGACUAGGACUGAAGUUGUUCACGUAAUCAGAAGCUAUGAACCCCCUGAUGAUAAGAAACAACCUGCAAUGGUUGAGGGAAAUCCCAUAAGAUAUAUUGAUUCUGAAUCAAAAGGAUAUCCCAAUCAAGCUCCACUCACCUCUGAGCUCAAUAAAGGAUAUUCAGUUAAAGUUGUGCCAGAUGAAGAUUCGAUGGGUAAAGGAAUUCGAUUGAAGGAGGAGACUCACAUCACUACUACCACGAGGAUGGUGUACCACAAACCAUCCGGCAAUGAAGCUGUAUCAGAGAGAUGUGAGGAGACUAUGUCUGUUCAUGACAUAAUGAAGGCUUUUCAAUCAGGAAAGGACCCUUCUCGGGAGCUUGCUGGACUCUUUGAGCAUAAAUCUGAGGAAACAUCGCAGAGAGGCUCUGAAGACGUCAAGCCAAAGGUUGAAAGAAUAAUUGAGGUGCACAUUGAAAAGGGCAAUAAAACUGAACCAACAGAGGUCAUCAUCAGAGAGACUAAAAACCAUUCAGACAAUGAAAUGUAUUACUACCCAGGAAAUCGACAAGAGGACAGGGAUCCUGAGGAAGUUCCUAUAUAUUUUGACUCCUCCAAAUUUAACAAUACUAUUGCACAUGAGGAAAGUCGUCCUAGUUCAGCUCAAUUGAUGGCAGACGAGUCCUAUAAGACCUUGAAAUUACUUAGCCAGCAAUCUGUAGAGUACAAUGAUGAUGAAUCAUCGGAGCUAAGGGGAGAAUCUUAUAACUUUGCUGAGAAAAUGUUAUUGUCGGAGAAAUUUGAUCAGUCUCAUCCUGACAGUGAAGAACAUAUUAGAGAAAGUUGUCACUUCUACUCACCAGACAGAAGUCGAAAUGAUAAUAGGUCAGUUGGCCCAAGGACAGAAUAUAUUUUUCGGUCGUCGCGAAAUGUGUUUGACACAUCAGGAAGAAUGUCCAGUGCUGAUGAUAACUAUGAAACAAUGACACUUUUGCAACACUCUUCUGAGCCUGGUAGCCCAAAGCAAGCCGUUUGGAUGCGUGUGUCAGCAGACGACACAGAGCGAAAAGAAAGAGAUCAACUUAUGUAUGAGGAGAGAGUGGAUAGAACUGUAAAAGAAGCAGAGGAAAAACUCAGUGAGGUAUCUCAGUUCUUCAGAGAUAAAACAGAGCAGCUCAAUGAUGAAAUGUCAUCUCCAGAGAGAAAAUCUCGCAGACCAGACUUUAGGGAAUCGCGAUCUGGGCCUAGUUCCACACAAAGCAGCCCAGAGAGAUCAGUUUAUAGAAAUGGUGCAUGUGGGGAGGAAUGGAGUAGAGAAAGACUGAGAGACAAGUUCUCUUCUAAUGAUAGGAAAUGUGCCAGUUUACCCAGUAGUCCCGAGAGGAGAGUAUUGCUGCAGUACAGUGAUUCUGACUCUAGAAAGCAGUUAGAUGGGAAAAAUGAAGGCUCAAAACCCUUUCAAAUGUCCUCUUCCAAAGUGAGCGCAGUGAGGCUUAAGUUUGAACAAGAAGCUCAAAAACAAGAUAGAGGUCCACAUGGUGGCCAAAAUUCUAAUCCCCCCAUUAGGAAGCUACAUGAAAGUAAGCUUCCUGUGUACCAGGUAUUUGGUGGUUAUAACAUUCCAAAAACACCAGACAGUCCGUUAAACCAGAGAAGAGGUCAAGACAGUGAGUCCAAGUUCUCUUCCAUUAAUCAGUCCUGUGGGAAAAGUCAGGAAGAUAAGAAAUUAAACAAAACAUGGGAAAACCAAGGGUAUGGGAACUAUAAACCCCAAUCUCCCAAAUUAUCCCAAACAUUGGUGCAUGAUUCUCUACAAGAUGACAAUAAUACAGAUUCUCAAAAGCAAGAAACUACUAAGAAAAUUAUUUACACUGAAUUUGUUGUCCGAGAGAGUCCAAAUAGCAAUGAAGGUCUAAAAAAAAACUCGGAAUCUCAAAUUCCUGUAAGAAAAUCGUCUAAUACUUUAGAAAAUUGCAGGUCCCCAUCUUUGAAUUUGGAUGCCUCUGUUGAAUCACAUGAAAAGGAAGGUUUUCACGCGCCGGUCCUAGGUCGAAAUCCAAUACAUAGUAGCUUUGAAUCAAACAAAUCUACUUGUGGGUCUACAUCAGGGAAAUCCACAGACUCAGAAUUUAGCCAAUCAAACAUUACUUGUAAUGGUGUUGACAGUGACCAAAUAGAGUAUUUGGACCAUGGAACUUCUGAAAUUAUUACAGAAGGUUUCAAGGAUAUCAAACCCUUACCUGUAUAUGUCAGUAUUCAAGUGGGCAAGCAGUAUGAGAAAGAAACAGCUUCUGGGCAGCUGGGAACUUACAAAAAAAUAGUAAGCCAUGAGAGUAGGACAAUACACGAGACAAGGGGAACAUUUUACACUGUCAAACCAAAGCAGUCUCCAUCUCCUCAAGGUAGUCCAGAAGAUGACACUCUAGAACAAGUGACAUUCAUGGACAGCUCUGGUAGGAGUCCUGUUACUCCUGAAACACCAAGCUCAGAGGACAUUAGCUUGACCUCAAGAAUGCCUGACUCUGUGAUUGGCUCCAUGACUGGCAUGCCAAGUCCCAUCCCAGAGGAGUCAGAAGAGGAAGAUGGUAAGACCUUCAUCUACAAGGAGCCUUCAAGAGAAAAAUCUAAGCUAGCAGCAUCAGAGAAUCACAGCAAGAAAAAGGAUUCAGACAAACAAAAGUUAAAAGGGGAGAAAAGAGUUCCUUAUAUAGAAUUUCCACCACCCCCUCCUUUGGACAAGGAACAGUCUGAUCCUGAGAAAAGAAAGUCUUGUGCAUCCUCUGAAACAGAGACAGAAAUGAUGGAAGUAAACCUCCAGGAGGAGCAUGACAAGCACUUCUUAGCCGAGCCAAUCAUCAGGGUCCAGCCUCCAUCCCCCAUUCCUCCUGGAGCUGAUAACAGUGACUCUAGUGAUGACGAGUCUGUCUUCCAUCCAAUCCCUGUCAAAAAGUACACCUUUAAAAUGAAAGAGGAAGGAGAGAAACGCUCAAAACACCGAAAAUCAGAGAAGAAUGCAAAUAGAGAGGCUGGAAUCAAUAGUGUCGUAAAGGGGGAGGAUGCUGAUCUGGAACAAAAUGGGAAUGACCAAUCAAUCACUGACUGCUCCAUAGCAACCACUGCUGAAUUUUCCCAUGACACAGAUGCCACUGAGAUUGAUUCAUUAGAUGGUUAUGAUUUUCAGGAUGAGGAUGAUGGACUAAGUGAGGACCCAAAAACAUCCAGUCUAUCCAAUGAUGGAAAAACAGCUGAUCGCUCCUUUGGACAAUCUAAGCUUGAAAUGAUUGAGGAAGAGAAGUGUGAGGAUGGGGGUGUUAGUGGGACUUCGAAAACCAAUCCGCCUUCUACAAAAAGUGGUGAAGAAAUAGAUUACACCCUUGAAGGAAGACAUCCAGAAAGGCAGAGCUUCGUUGACAAUUACUUUGGCCAACUUGAAGAGGAGAUUAAUUCAACUUUUAAAACAGUAGCCACAAAAGGCCUCGACUUUGAUCCCUGGUCUACCAAAGGAAAUGAUCAUGAUGGAGUUUAUGACUCCAAAACCAAAGAUGAAGAUCCCAAGCCCUUUGGUUUAUCGGUGGAGGACAAAUCACAGGCUACAACACCUGACACAACCCCUGCUCGAACACCGACAGAUGAGAGCACACCAACUAGUGAGCCUAACCCCUUCCCUUUCCACGAAGGGAAGAUGUUUGAGAUGACCCGCAGUGGUGCUAUUGACAUGAGCAAGCGGGACUUUGUUGAAGAAAGGCUUCAGUUUUUUCAGAUUGGUGAGCAUUCCUCUGACCCUCUAACAGGGGAAAAGGGGAGAGGGGGCAAGAUCCUGGGUGUAAUUUCCUCUCAGUCAAAAACAGGGGAAAGGGCCACAGUAGAUGGGAAGGUGAAGGUUACAGAUAUAACCACAGGCAGCAGCACUAUAUCAGCAACAGCGAAAUGCAGAUCUUCACACCCUGGCAGCGACAAUGGCUUUGCUGGUACUGAAGUAUCCACCUGUGGGGCUAUAGCUGAGACUGCCUCCUCAUGCACAAUCACAGCCUCCAAGGUUGAUCCCAAAUUACGCACCCCUAUUAAGAUGGGAAUAGCUGCUUCUAUAACUGUGAAAAAAGACUCUGGGGAUCUCACUGAUUUUAAAGAUGACAUAUCAGAAGGCCAGAUUGUACCAGAAUAUAUCAGUAUAGCAGGUCAGUGUACAGAAGGCCAGACUAACAAAGACAUAGAUGCAAAGUCAGAGACAAGAGAUUACCCUUCUGAAAACUGCAACAACAAUAACAACCUCGAAUCCUCCAGCAUACAUGCAAAUUAUAUUCAGUGUGGCAGUGUAGUGUUCAAUCUGCAGUCCUCUUCUGAGCCCACACUUCAAAAAGCCAGCAGGAUAGAAACAUUGUGUUGUAGGGAUUUAGAAGAGAAAGUAGAAAUAGCUAAUAGCAGCCAGGUGCAGCAGCAGCAAAGUAUACCAGUGAAAGACUGUGAAGUUAAGAUACCCAGGUCCAGGCUUCCAGUGAAAGCAUCAGGGCGCUUGAUUCACACCCAGGGAACAGCCAUAGGCAAGCAGAAGCCCAAACAAGCAGUGAAAAUUGAGACCAAGAAAAGAGGAGAGCUAGCUAUUGCCAAAGUAGAACCAAGGUCUAGAAUACCAGUCAAGGAUAGUAAGAAGAGCAGCUCCACAGCCACGGUUAGUGUACAUUCUGUUAGGGUUACCUCACGGCCAACUAGGCCAUUAGCUAAUGAGAGAGCAGCCAUAAAGUUGCCCUCGAGGUUACCACUGAAGGAUAGGCAUCAAAUCAGCAAAGCAUCAGGUGAGGGAACGUCCAGACAGGAUAACCCUAGCGAGAUUUGUAAGCGCACCAUUGAAUACUUUAAAGACAUUAGCGGAGAGACGAUAAAGUUGGUGGACCGACUGUCAGACGAGGAGAAAACGAAGCAGACAGAGCAGUCGGAGGAAGACAGCACCUCCCGGAGCACCUCGCUGUCAGACACCUCGCAGCCUUCCCAACCUUCCCAGCCCUCACACUCAUCCAGGUCUGGUAGAGGUUCGAGGGCUGAGGCCGGGGCCCCGUCCGUAGGGGCAAAGAUGGCGACGACGGACAGGGCCUCUGGCAGUCAGAGGAGCAGGAGGAGUAGGCGGACUGGUGGGAAGGAGGGCAGUCAGGGACUCACAGGGUCUCGAACACCUCCCAUCGCAGAGAUCAAGCCUAGUCCCCAAAGUCCUUGUGAGAGGACAGAUUUGCGUAUGGCCAUUGUAGCAGAUCACCUAGGACUUAGUUGGACAGAGCUAGCUCGGGAGAUGAACUUCACAGUAGAUGAGAUCAACCACAUUAGAUUGGAGAACCCUAACUCAUUGACAGCACAGAGCUUCAUGCUAUUAAAGAAAUGGGUCAGCCGGGAAGGAAAAAACGCCACAACGGAUGCCUUGACUGCAGUGCUGACCAAAGUCAAUCGGAUGGAUAUUGUGACUUUACUGGAAGGCCCAAUUUUUGACUAUGGUAACAUUUCCGGCACGAGAUGUUUUGCUGAUGAUCAUGCGGUUUUCCGGGAUCAGGCUGAUGAUUAUCAGAGCAUUCUAGCUGAGUUGCAUUCCCCUGCUGUACUGCACUCCGACCCACAUUUUCUGGUGCCCGAACUUCCUGUCACACCCAACCCUUCUCCCAUCCACCAACAUCACCAUUAUCCACAACCUGACUCUUCCUGGCCAACCGCCUCCCACCCUCAGUCCCCGCUCUGGAGUCCAGAGAUCCAACCAGGAACCCCACCCGAAAGUCUCCCUAGACCCUGUUCUCUGUCCCUUUCUUCUUUUGCCCUCCCUGAUUCUGUCCUACCUAAGGUGCAAAAGCCCCACAUCGCCCUGAAUGACCAGCUGCUUUUGAGCGAGGAGGAAGACAGAUUUUAUCAAGAAAUGGAGCCGAGCCGCAAACCCAAAUCACACGCUGUCCCAGCAAUGUGUGAGUUGAACAUCAGCAUGGCCUACUCCACAUCAUCUUCUUCAGUCUCAUCCGCAUCAUCAGUAACCCCUUCAACACCUGACAGAGCACAAUCGGGGGAUAGAGGUGUGACACAAGUGAGCAUGCAUAUUAGCAAAUGUGAGAGGGAAUUGUCAAAAGAAAAGGGCAAGGUUGAGGAGACGGACGUGAUAGAGGGAAACGCAUUUGUGGAAAGGUGGGUAGAACAAGACUUGAUUAAAAAUGUGAAAAGAAAAUGUGAGAUGGUGACAAAAGAUAGGUGUCAGCUGGAGGCGGAAAAGAAUAUUUCAACAGGACAAAAGGGAGGUGCAGGAGAGCAGAUCAAUGCUUUGGGUACUGGUUUUAUUGAAAAUGGAGCAGAGGCUGAGAUUGACAAAGAAUGUAUUGAUGAAACACCCAUGUUACAACAAGUACAAAGCAACAGUGAGGAAAAGGUCCACUGUGAGGAUAGGAUGGAUGUUGCUGAAGUGGUACUGCACUGUGAAGGCAAAGGCACCUGCCAGGAAAGCCAGGACAAGUCUGCAAGGAAUCUGACCCUUCAGGAAUGGGCUGAGGCCCUUUGGGAACAUAAGCCCUCUCAGUAUGGAUCUAGUGAAGAGGAGGGUGGAGGAGGAAAUAAUGAUAUCCCACGUGAGGCAUUUUGUCACCAACAUGAAGAAGUGAAGACUGAUGAAGGCUCAGAGGAAAAGGAGGAGAACCAGGAGAUGAAUACUGCGGCCAGAGAUCUGGAGAUUCUCAAUUCUCGCAUUGAACAGCCAGAAAAAGACGUGUGCUCGCUUUCAGGUUGGCAGAGUGACUCAUCCAGCGUCAACGUGGAGCCACCGACGCCAGGCCGGAGCUCAGAACAGGACAGGCGAGAAAGCCACCAGAACUCAAGCGAUGCUAUCACUUCCUCACCCAGAGAUGAAUCGGGGAGGUUCCGGCAGAACGGCAACAAUGCAAGAACCUUACCUCAAGGGAGCUCACCGGAAUCUGUGAAUGGCAGAAAGGAAGAAGGAAUGCUAGUGUCAGAGAAAAAAGUUCAGCAGCGGGUUAGUGUAGAUUCUGGCUCAGAGGAAGAACAGACAGUAACCACGAGAAUCUUCCGCCGCCGCCUCAUUUUAAAGGGCGAGGAAGCAAAAAACAUAUCAGGCGAGUCUGUGACUGAGGAACACUACUUGGAUCAAGACGGUAACCUUGUCAGUAGAAAAGUCAUUAGGAAGGUAAUCCGACGACUCUCUAGCUCAUCCGAAAACCACAGGUUUCAUAGGGACCUUCAAAAAAGUCCCAUUCUGCAGAAGGACAUAUCUGAGAAAGACGGAGGGUUGAGAAAUAGCAGGCGAAUGGAUGAAAGGAAACCUGGAGAUAAAAAGUUUCACUCAUAGGGACGGAUGGUUGUUCUCUCUACCAGCCAUAUGGAAUCAUAUUCCACAUUCUGGGAACAGGGGUUAUUUAAGGGCAUGAGGUGUUCCGAAUUGAGUCCAGGCAGCAUCCAUUUCGAGCUUCAUGCGAUGAGAGGAGUUGAAACCCCCUCUAGACCAGACAACGCAUGAGCAUGGACGAAAUCCUUUCACUCCUGUAAAUCAAAGAGCCUAAGAGGCCAAACGCUCGGACCAAGGGACCCACAGCGAGGAUUCCGCUUCCUGUCUUUUCAAGUGCGAAAACUGCUGGUGGAAUCUCUACACUGGUGUUGCUAGGGCUUUCAGGGGAGGAGGGCCUCCUUCAAUCACAUCCACAUAUGUAGGCGCAACUGUUGACCAAAGGAAAUAUGAAGAAGACACAAUACAACACGACAGCAAUCUAAUGGGACAUGUCAGCCAAUUUCAACACGUUUAACACUGGCCUUAUAGUUUUUCUUGUUGAACGCACUGUUUUCCAGGAUGUUAACCGUUUGGGGACUUUUUUCUUCCUUUUUUAAACAAACAAAAAAAUACCUUUUCUGUAUAUACAGUCAGAAUGUGUACAAUUCUUAAUACGUAAUAUGCUACUGAUAGGGUGGGGUUGGGUCACAGUGGCGCGAGGGAUCCUUUCAAGUGCUUUGGUAAUUCAAUGAAGCAAUUUCACUUUUCAAAAAUUUGCGUGUAACACAGGUUCUUGUAAAAAAAAAAAAAAAAAUAAAAAAAUAUAUAUAGAAGACUUACUAGAGCAGGUAUAACGUUUGUACACGGACUGGUUUGAUUUUAACUCGAGGACGUUUUCAGAAAAUCAGUGUUGGGUCAAUCCCAAAGUGGGAUCUAAUCCCACAGCCUUUCAAGAGUAUUUUCACGCAUGCUGUUCACAUUAUUUUAAGUACAAUUUUUACAAGUUUGCAAAAGCACUGUAUUUAAAAAAAAAAAAAAAAAAAACCUUUUAUCUGUGUACACGUAUAGACCCAAUGUUUGUCACCUGUUUUAUAUUUUAAAACUUACAAAGACAGCAUUGAAACGUUUAGCUUAUUUUUUGUUUGUUUGGAGGGGUGAUAAUGGAGUAAAUGGUGUGUAUGUGUGUGCGUGAGUGUGUCUGUGUUACACUGGAGGGGCAGCUUGAGACCGGAAUUAUCUUGAAUGUACUGUAUGCGCUUGUAGGCUGGCUUGCUGUACAACACUGUAACCGUAUAUCAUCGUGAGUCAUUGGCUAUAAGGUGUAAGUCUCUGUACACUGUUUAGACUGUGUCGUCUCACAAAUGCUUUGUGGUAUCAAAUGACAAGAAAACGGGGGCAUUUAUUUUUUCAAUUAUUAAUCUUUUUGAGAGCGUCUUUACUUCAUUUAAAAAUCCACUCACAGCCAGAGAUUAUUAUGACUGUAGCUCAAAAUAGCAUUAAAAAAAACAGGAUGGCCAGCACAAGCCGUUAUUUAAGCAUAAAAAAAAAUGUUUGACUUGACGCCAUGUGGUAUUUAGACAGGCGAACUUGUUUAUGCAGUGUCCAUUAGAACCGUUUUCAUUAUUUGUGUGUUGGUUUUCAUUAAACGAACCCGUAGAUUAAGUGUUCAACAUCAGUACACUGAUGCCAAUGCUGUGGACAUUAAAACUAUGUGACUUUUUCCUUUUUUGGUGGAGUUUGUACACAUCCCCUAACUCAAAACAAAGUCUAUCAAGGGCUCGAUGAUCCUUUGAUAUGGCUGAUUUUGUUUCAUAUGUAUUUUCACCCGGGCGGAUUUUGUGAUGUACAAUUCUUACUAACAGAGUGAAGCCAUUGAAAUGUAAUAAUAAUUCUAGCACUUUGGUUAUUUGAGGUCUUUUAGAGGCGAUAGCAGCAGCGAGGACACCGCAAAUGUUUCAGAUGUCUUUCAAGAAAAAAAAAAAAUCUGCCUAAAAAAAUAAAAAUGCAUUGGUUUUGCAAUACACUUUCUUUUGUGGUGUGUUUGUGUCCUUACAUGGCGAAAUAUUGAUAAAAAUUGACUUUACAUAAAAAGAAUGGAGGUCUGGGCCUUAUAAUAUCCUUGAAUGCAUCACAGAAGCAGAAAUAGUGUCUUAAGAAGUGUUGCAAAAAAUACUUGGGGAAAAACAAAAAAAGAGUCAAAUGGACAAGCUGAAUGUAAUGCCAGCUUUGUUAGAUAGGGAGGCGAACCUGAAGAAAGGAGCAUCAGUGUCAAUGGCAACAGGUUCAUAAAGAAGUUUCCAAUCCUUUGUCUUAAGUUAUGCUGCCAUUGAUAGUGAUGGAGGUCAAGUCCAUUUUGACUGGGAGGGUUGACAGUAAUUUGAAAAUGGGGUUGACGACUA